CCUGAGCCCUGGCGAUGCUCACGUUUGGGCAGAAGCCACAGGAUUCCUCGCAGGGCUCCCUGACAGUUUGGGACCUGAUCCUCUUUCUGAGACCUUGAAACUUCGGCAGGUCGUUAGCAUGGGGACACAGGAUAAGGAGGAAAAGGGUUUGUACUCUCAGGAUGUCUGACUCGGACGGGGCUGUUCAAACUUCAGGAAAGCCUGGAAGUGUGCCUUAUAUGAAUGCAUCAGGCGAAGAAGUAAAAAUCUUGAAAGCCCAGCAGGAUGUGAAGCCCAGAGAUGAGCAGUAACUACUGCAACAACGCGUCAUUGAGCAUGAGUGUCAAUGAGGUGUCCACCUUUCCCCUCACUCUGGAACAAAAAACCGGCUUUGCCUUCGUGGGGAUCCUGUGUGUCUUUUUGGGACUUCUGAUUAUCAGAUGCUUCAAAAUCUUAUUAGACCCUUAUAGCAGUAUGCCAUCCUCCACGUGGGAGGAUGAGGUGGAAGGGCUUGAUAAGGGGACGUUUGAAUAUGCGCUUGCAUGAAAUACUCCAAAAACAAAUUACCCUGCCUUAAUUCUUAUGUGUGUUUUUUUUCAUUGGGGGGAGGGGCCCUGGAACUCCUUAGUAAGGACGCAUUUGUAACAGACACCUAUGUUUUGAAGACAUGGGGGUGGCAUUUUUGCUUUGUUUUGUUAAAUAAAGGCUUUGUUGCAGAUUCAUAAU